AUGAAAGCGUUAUUGGGAGCCCACGACCUUUGGGAGAUCGUGGAGAAUGGCUACGAGGAGCCACAAGACGAGACCGAUCUAUCCCAACAACAAAGGGAUAGAUUGCGAGAUGCGAGAAAGAGAGACAAGAAGGCUCUCUAUCUCAUCUACCAAGCUUUAGGGGACGACGAUUUCGAGAAGAUCUCGAGUGCAAGCACCGCCAAAGAAGCGUGGAAGAAACUCCAAAUCUCAUGUGUUGGUGCGGAGCGAGUAAAGAAGGUACGCCUCCAAACUUUAAGAGGGGAAUUUGAAUCUUUACAUAUGAAAGAGUCCGAAUCAAUUUCGGAUUAUUUUUCAAGAGUCUUGGCGGUGUCAAAUCAAAUGAAAAGAAAUGGUGAAAAAUUGGAGGAUGUUAGAAUCAUGGAGAAAAUAUUGCGCUCUCUAACCCCUAAUUUUGAGCACAUAGUAGUUACAAUAGAAGAAACAAAAGAUUUGGAGGAAAUGACCAUCGAUCACUUAUUGGGUUCGCUACAAGCAUAUGAGGAGAAACAAAAGAAGAAACAAGAAAAUGUGGAGCAACUUUUGAAGCUGCAAGUAAGCCCAAAGGAGAAAGAAGAAAGCUCGAGCAAUGGUGGUGGCCCACAAGGAAGAGGUCACAGACAACGACAAGAUCGUGGUCGUGGUCGUGGUCGAGGAUAUGCUCGUGGACGUGGACGUGGACGAGGAUAUUUCUCCAACAAUGAAGAAAGAAAGGAGUUCCCAAAUAUGGGACGAGGAAGGAGCAAUCCACAGUCGAGGUACGAUAAAUCUUCAAUAGAGUGUUAUAAUUGUCAUAGAUAUGGGCACUAUGCUUCCGAGUGCAGAGAGAAAAAAUCAAAAGUUGAAGAGAAUGCCAAUUAUGUGGAGAAUACGAAUGAAGAAAAUGGAUGUGUUCUUCUAGCCUAUAAAGGAGAAGCUGGAAGAAAAGAUGAUAUGUGGUACCUCGACACAGGAGCGAGCAACCAUAUGUGCGGGAACAGGAGCAUGUUCGUGGAGCUUGAUGAAUCAGUAAGUGACAACGUCUCCUUUGGUGAUGAAUCUAAAAUUCCAGUUAAAGGAAAAGGCAAGAUUCUAAUUCGUUUGAAGAAUGGAGCUCAUGAUUUUAUUUCUAACGUAUAUUAUGUGCCCAAUAUGAGAAAUAAUAUAUUGAGUCUUUGA